AUGACGACAAUUGAGUUCAUAUUUCUCGUGAACAGACAGGGCCAAACCCGGUUAGCGCAGUAUAGCACUUUUAUGCCCAUAGUUGAGCGUACUGCGUUGGAGGGAGAAGUUGUGCGAAAGUGUUUGCAACGACGAGACACGGAUUGUAAUUUCCUUGAUCAUCUUCACUACAAACUCGUUUAUCGGCGUUACGCGUCUCUUUUCUUCAUCGUUGGAUUAAACAACCGUAAGGCGCUUCGUGAGGAAGUGAACGGCAAAUCUUUUAGUUUAGUCCCCGCAAACGGUUUCGACACUGACACGUUUGAGGAGCAGACACAAGGAGGGGAACUGGCGAUUUACGAGUUCAUUCAACUUCUCGUGGAGACAUUAGAUAAGUACUUUGGGAAUGUGUGUGAGCUCGAUGUUAUGUUUAACUUGGAGAAGGUUCAUUUUAUCGUUGAGGAGAUGUUUGUGAAUGGUCGGGUUGGAGAAACUAACAAACUCUUAGUGCUGCAACCGGUGGUUAUGAUGGACAAAGAAUCAAAAGGACUGUAG